GCAAGUCAAUAAGGCUGUGAAAUAUCCUGAGGAACUUGCAAAUAGCAACUGCCUCCCCAUUUCUGGGCAGGCAUGAACAAAUCUCCCCUGAGCAACAACAGAAAACUUCUCUUUUCCGUGGAAUUCCCUGUUUAUCAAAAGGGGCAGAUUUACAACCGGGCAUAUAUUGCAGUGGGACUCCUGAGGGAUCAGCCAACUCUUUCUCCAGGGAGAAGAGGCAAGGAGCAGCUCAGCUGCCUGUUCUGAGACUCUGCUUCGAGGGGAGCAAGAGCCCUUCACCUGAAAUCAUCCCACAAUGCUGUGGCUGCUGCUGCUGCAGGUCUGGGCAAGCUGCCUCUGGCUGGGACAGGGCGAGGUGGUGACGUCCUUUGAAAGUUCAUGUCCUCAGUUUUUCUUCCGGGAGACCCCCCCAAAUGAAGCCCUGGAGCCAGAGAACCCAGCCUGGAUCUGCCAGCGCUACAAGAACCAGUAUUUCUUUGCCACCUUGUACGACAGAAAGGAGCGUAUUCCCGUCUACUCUGCUUACAUCUACGAGCCUGGACCUGGCAAACGACCUCAAGGGUGGCUGGUUGAGCCCCAGCUGAUGGGCCCAACCUACCCCAAAACUAUGGAAAAAGAGUGGACGCUCAUAAAUCAUUACAAUGUCAGCUUAGAGAAACUCAGCGAGAGCCAGGCUAUUCUCCAAGACUACAAGAACCUGACAGGUUUGAACCGGGGCCAUUUAAACCCCAAUGGCCAUCACUUCAACUACAGCAGCAGGAUGGCUACCUUCACCCUCACCAACAUAGUGCCCCAGGACGAGAAACUCAACGGCGGCGCCUGGAACAACUACGAGCAGCGAACGAUGAUCAAGAACACCCAGGGCUGUGACACCACCUACGUCAUCGUGGGUGCUGUGCCUGGGAACAACUAUAUCGCCAAAGGAAGGGUUAAUAAGCCCAGCUACAUCUGGUCGAGUGCCUGCUGCGUGGUGGACAACAACCACAGGAAGGCUUGGGCGGUCAUUGCUGAAAAUGACCAGAACCAGGUCCAGCUCCUCACACUGGGGGAGCUGGAGGACACCUUGACUCAGCUCUAUGGGAGGGGACAGGUUUCUCUGUUUGACAGUGAAUGUCCCCGGGAAUAAGCCUCACAUCCUGGGUUUAAAAGGCUCAGGAGCUUUCGCCACAUGUCAGAGAUCACAGAAUAAUUUGGGUUGGAAGGGACCUUAAAGAUCAUCUGUCUAGUUUCAGGCCCCCUGCCAUGGGGACCUUCCACUAGACCAGGUUGCUCAAAUCCCUGUCCAUCCUGGCCUUGAACACUUCCAGGGGUGGGUCAGACAACUUCUCUGGGCGAACUGUGCUAGUGCAUCACCACCCUCACAGCCAAUUUUUUCUUUCUAAUAUCUGAUCUAACCCUGACCUCUAUCAGUUUAAAGCCAUUCCAAGGGCAUAUCACUCCAUGCCCUUGUCUAAUAUCCCGCUACAGCUCUCUUUGAAAACACUCUAGGUACUGGAAUGGAACCUAAGUUCUCCUCAGAGUCUUCUCUUCUCCAGGUGAACACCUCCAACUCUCUCACCCUGUCUCCAGAGCAGAGGUGCUCCAACCCUUGGAGCAUCUUUGUGGCCUCUGGACUCCACUCCAACAGGUUUGCCUCCUUCAUGUGUUGUGGCCCCAGAGCUGGAUGCAGCACUGCAGGUGGGCUCUCACCAGAGCAGAGUAGAGGAGGGACAAAUGUCUUGUGCAUGGGCUGUAGCUGGUGAUCAAGACAACUCAAGACCCCCAAAACCCUCUGACCCAUUUCCAGGAAGGUCUGACAGAAUGGACUGUGCAUGAAAACCAAUUUGCAUAGGAAGCAAGAAACCUGUUUUCAGUGCAGGUAAACUUAUCUGUAUAAAGGUACUCACUGCCAUGUGCUUAUACAGUAGGUCAGGGACUAACAUACCAAUUUCUAUGCCAAAUGUGUAAUUAACUAAUAAAAUGUUGUGAGUUUUUGAGAACUCUCUGACUUCUGUAGUUCCUUUCGACCACGAGCAUUUAUGAACCUUGAGUGUUCCCUUUCCCUUAAGGGGUGUGUUGUGGGCAGAAUGGGAGUUUCAGACAAAGUGUAUU